GCAUGGAGUGCAGUGUAAAGUCACACCACCGAUAGAUACAACUGAAUAAACCCCGCCGGCCAGACCUUAGCGGUCGGACCUACCGUCCUGUUGGUGCGUCUGCACCAAGGGCAUGUAGAUAUCGUCCGCUCCAACGUUCGCCCCAUCCUGCCUCUCCUGUGCUCCUUCUGGCAGGGGCUCCUCAGACGAUGGAAGUUGCCACACGGGAUUCCAUGGGCAAAGGAAACGCAUCAGACGGCCGAAAACACUCCUGUACCAACACCGCACACCCUCACAAACGACCGAACGAACCAGACGAUGCAUGCAAUUGCAGAACGCACCUGCGAAGUCUGUCAUGGGCUUCUUCUUUUGCUUUGAUGUACUCGUCGAGUUUCUUGGUGUGCGCCUAUAGCAUGCAUUGCCACAAACACACAGCACUUGAACCAUCCACUGAGGCGACGGAUUGAUUCACAUACAUCGAUUGCGUCGCAUUGCACUUUGGUCCGUCUCUUCCUCUCCGCAAUCUCGAAUUGCUUCCAAUCGUCCGUCCCCUCCUGGUGAGGGUCUGGGUGAGCAAACCACACAUGGCGGCCACAAACGAUCAAAGACGGACACGUACGGCGGCCUGCCAGUGUCAUAGUGUGUCUGUGUGUGUUUGUUGGAGGGUUACGCACGGCCUCUUGCUUACUCGGUCUGCGAGCAAACUCCCUCAUCCAUGGAUCCUCCUCCUCCUGGGCAGGGCACACCAUCGAACAAUACAGGCAGGCACCGCGCCGUGGUGUGUGAGUCUUGCCUACCUCAGCGACAUCCGCUGUCCGUCUAGAUCUUCCUGCACCACGAGGAGGGACAUACAGAGCCGGAAUCAGUCCUGCGGGCCACAAACAUAACCACAGCACCACACGUGGUCCACCAUUGCGCUGGUUCGCUUCUCUGUUUCGUCGCUUACCAUGCACAUCCAGGCGAGGACCCUGACUGAUUGCCAUUUUGUUCGUUCACUCUCCCUCGAGCUUCUCUGUCGCAGCGCUGCUCACCAUGAAUGCCUGCAGCUUGGCCAGCCCUGGAUGGGAGGACGGGAAGAGGAUAGAGCCAAUCAUCCGCGUGGACAGUCGGGUGGCGCAAUCGACUGUUGCAAUCG